CUGUUCGGUUGUGUUGCACGAACGAAGUUUAAAACAACAAAAAAAAAAACAUAUAUACACUGAACGCAACGUUUCAAUUUGAACAAUAAAAGAAAAAUAUAUAUAUAAAUAUUUAUAACGAUUUUAUUUUAUUGAAUUAAUUUUAUAGGAAUUUAAUAAUUAUUUUUAUUAAGUCUUAUAUUCAAUUUUAAUUAAAUUAAUAAAUAAAGAAAGUAUAUAUUUUUUUAAACACAUUUUUCGAAGUAAGAAACGCGAUUUUUAGAAAAGUUUUUGAGAUUUGUUCUCGUUACGGUUUUGUACUUAAUUUUUUUGAAUAAGUUUUAUUUUUUGUCGAAGAAAUAAACCUACCGUGAUAGAAAUUAAAAUUUCAAGCUUGGAUACUUAAAUUUUAUCAACAUUUUCUAACCUAAAAAUUAUCUGUGGAUUGAAUCUCUUUUGGAAAGAAAAAUGAGUUUUCACAAAAGUAACUCAAGAACGCCUCUGGCGCCAACAGAAUACACCAACUUGAGAGAAAAUAAAAUCCCCACAGUGAUUACGGGCUAUGACACAGUGAAGCAUAACGGAGCGAAGAAUAACGCGAAUUUCGACCAAUCAAAAUUCCGUUCGGCUUCGGAUAUACCAGCACAACAAGCGGCAGGAUCAACGCUACCGCUAGUGGUAACAGCAAGAAAAAAAGGUACCGAUGAUCCGGAAGAUACUUAUAAUCCCUUCGAGAAUCGCAAGGUCGAUCAUCCCACCUCCGAUCUCGAAACUUUCAUGCACUUACUCAAGGGAUCCUUGGGCUCAGGAAUAUUGGCCAUGCCGUUGGCCUUCAUGAAUGGCGGCCUAUGGUUCGGUUUGAUUGCCACAUUUGCAGUUGGUGCAAUUUGCACAUAUUGCGUACACAUCCUGGUCAAAUGCGCACACAUUCUGUGUCGGCGGCGGAAAAUUCCAUCGAUGGGAUUUGCCGAUGUAGCCGAACAAGCCUUCCUCGAUGGACCGCCAAAUUUGAAUAAAUAUUCGCGAUUCAUAAGAUUCAUUGUAAAUACUUUCCUUGUCAUCGAUUUAAUUGGUUGUUGUUGCAUCUACUUAGUUUUUGUGUCGAAAAACAUCAAACAAGUUGUCGAUCAUUAUAUGGGCGCCGAUAAUGCCUUGGAUAUUCGUAUUUACAUUGCUGUCUUCACGGUGCCACUAAUCUUCAUGUGUCUAAUUCGUAAUCUCAAGUAUUUGACGCCAUUUUCGAUGAUUGCUAAUGUGUUGAUAUUUGUUGGAAUUAUCAUUACAUUCACGUACAUUUUUACUGAUACUCCCGAAGUGUCCGAGCGACAGGGUGUUAGUGAUUUUGUGCAAUGGCCGUUGUUCUUCGGAACUGUCAUCUUUGCUUUGGAAGGUAUUGGUGUAGUUAUGUCAUUGGAGAACGACAUGAAGAACCCAAAUCACUUCAUUGGUUGCCCAAGUGUGUUGAAUAUUGGAAUGGCUGUUGUGAUUAGUAUGUAUGCUCUGGUUGGAUUCUUUGGAUAUUUGAAAUAUGGUGAUGACACCGAAGGCAGUAUUACGCUGAAUUUGCCCGUUGAAGAUAUCUUGGCUCAAUCUGUGAAAGUAAUGAUUGCUAUUGCAAUUUUCUUCACUUUUACUCUACAAUUCUAUGUGCCAAUGGGUAUUAUCUGGAAGGGGUUGCAACCAAAGAUCUCAGCUGACAGUCAAAAUGUCGUUGAGUACGCAUUGCGAGUGGUUCUUGUUAUAAUUUGUGGUGCUAUUGCUGCUGCUCUACCAAAUCUUGGACCAUUCAUCUCCCUUAUUGGUGCUGUGUGCUUAAGUACACUAGGUCUUAUUGUACCAUCAAUAAUUGAACUUGCUGUUUAUCAUGAAGAACCCGGCUAUGGAACAUACAAUUGGAGGUUAUGGAAGAAUUGCUUCUUAAUGUCAUUUGGUGUUAUUGGUUUUCUAACGGGCACAUAUGUCAGUAUUGAAGAAUUCUAUGCAGAAUUCCAUGGCAGCCAUGUUGGUGGUGGCCAGUAAAUUAUUAUUAUUAUUAUUUAACUGUUAAACCAGUAUACACACGUAUAAAUAUUAUAAAUAUUAAAAAACAAAAAAAAUUAGUAGAUAUUUUACUCUAAGUAAACACAAAAAAAAUAUUAAAACAUUUCAUUUAAGAAACAAAGAAAAAAAAACAUACAUAAUUACAUAUAAAAUUAAUAUUUAGUUUUAAGUUGUAGAAACAAAAUUAUAAACAUAAAUGCUUAAAUUAAGUUGAUACAAACAAAAAACAGUACAUAAUUGUACAAAUUCAAAAAAUAAAAUAAAAAAAACAAGCACUAUAAAUAUUUACAUUGCUAAUUUUAAGUAUUUUAUAAAACAAAAAAAAGAAAAUAGAUAGUAGCUUAUGUAAAGCAAUAAUAUUAAUUAUUUUUACUGAUGAUAACGAUGGUGUACUAAGUGUUUGAAAAUUAUUUAUGAAAUGGAAGUUUUAAAAUAAUGCUUAUUGUUAAAAUGUUUUAGUUCGGCUGGAACCGAAUGCAAAUUUAAAAAAGAAAAAAAUAUUCGAAAAGACUUAAAAUAUUUAAAAAAUAUAUAUAUAAUGUAUAUUUCUAUUCACAAAAGACUUUAAUUCUCUUAAUCCUAUUGGGUUUGAAGCAUUUCAGUUUUUACUUACUGCAAAUGCAGUAAUUGCAACAGACGUUUGUGUUUAAAAGACUUAAAACACUUAUUAAAGAAAACGUGCUUCAUACAGGAUUGAGACUCUUUUUGUAUUGUAUAUUUACAACGAAUUUCUUUAAGUUAAUACCAAAGCAAUAAGUUAAACAGAAAAAAAAACAAAAUAAAAUCUUCAAUUAACUUAAUACCUCUAAUAAGACGUCUUCCUUUUUACAGUUUGAUUCAAUUAUUCAAAAAAAAAAUAUGCAUUGAAAAUACAAAAACUUCAUUUGAACUGAUUUAUUCAUAACUUUGUUUGUUCUUUAAAGUUGUUUCAAAAUCCAGAGAUUUUCUGAUUUAGAUUUUAUAAGCAUGUUUUUUUUCAAGAAAAAAGAAUAUGUCACAUUUUCUAUCAAGUACUUGAAAAUGUCAAACAUUUCAAGUUGUUUCUUGGUCAUUAUUACUACCAGGACUUUUUUCAUUUUAAAGCUUGAUCUCUUAAACGUGAUUUUACGCUAUUCAAGUAUUCAGCUUUUAUCUCCUUCGUACUCUCUAAAACGAGUACUUUUUUAGUAAAAAUGCUUGGUUUUAUUGUUCUUAGGAAUAACCUUCGAUUAUUUAAAGUAAGUACUCACAAAAACGCAGAUCAAUACGAAACUUGAGGAAAGUAAUUUAAUUAAAUAGCUAACCAAACCGAUAACAACUUUAAAAUCAGUACUACAUUACAAAUGUCUUGAUUAUAAACAUUUCAUAUUAUGAGAUUCGAAGUAAUAAGUAUUAAGAAUUACUCCAGACAAGUUCCUUGAGCUAAGAAUUUUUGACUGAAUGAUACAUUAACAUUAUGAAAUCAAAGUAAAAGUAAAUGAUUCAAAAAUAAAAUUUUGGGAAAACCAAACUUUUGAUACUUGAGGUGGCUUAUCAAAUCUAAAUACUUUUUGUAGCUCGAAAUAAUAAUGAUUAAUUUUGAAAACCAAUUUCACCAUAACUUAUUUAAAUUUUUCUAGGAUUGUAGUAGUUAACUAAAAGCUUAAGAAGCUCAGAAGUAUUUAAUUAAAAGCCUAAGAAACUAAGAAGGGACAUCUCUCUAAUUUUGAAACUUACUUUAAUUUCAACUUCUUAAAAAAGUGCCUUCUAUCAUUGAUGGUAAAAGACGUUUGUAAUCGGUUGAUAAUAAUUUCCGCUACUUUUCAUACAAUGUCACCCAUUUUGGUGGCAAAAAAAACAAUAACUCACCGUUCAUAAAUUUUCUUUCAAUGUGUACCAUCUAUUUUUAUUUAGUUUAAUUAAUGUUUGUUUUUUAUUUCAUAAAUUAACAGUACCUUGGACUUCAAACUAAGUAUUUGUUAAACUAUUUUUAUAAGAAAAAACAAAAUAAAUAAAAUUUGUUAUUAAAUUUACGUGAUUUUAUUAUAAAUAUGUAUUUUUUUGGACAACUAAAAUUAUAAAAAAAUAUAAUGAUAUUACCUAUAAAUACCGCAUUAAUAAAACACUAAAAAUUAAGUUUUAUUUUAAUACUGUUUCGUUUAUUAUUAUUUUUUUUUAUUUUCGUUAUAAAUAAUUUCAUUUUAAAAUAAAAUAAUUUAUAUUUUUUUGUUAAUAUUCAUGUAUGUGUAUAUAAAAUUAAUUUUAAUGAAAAUGCAAAAUUAAGCUGUGAAAACAUCUGUUUUAUUUGAUUGUUCAUUUUUAAUUUGUAUUAUUAUUUCGUUUAAUUAUGUAAAAAAUAAUUAAACAAAAAACUAAACAUGGCUGUACCAAUAAAAUAGUUUUAAAAUAAUAAGACAACAAAAAAAGGGGAAAAUACCAAAUUUUAGGCUUAAAAUAUUUUUAUUUUUUUGAAUGAACAAAAACCAAACAAAUUUAAAGAAUAAACAACAAUAAAAAAAACUGUUUGUAUUAACAUUUUAAAUGUGCAACUUUAUCUGUGAAUAUAAAAGUCAGUUUUUAUUAUUUUUUUAUAAUUUAUUUUAUUUGUAUGUAUGAAUACAUUCUUAAAAAGAUAUAAAAUGUUUUGUUAUAUUAAGUAAUUUCAACAGAUUUUCUUUUUAGAACAUUCAUGCAAAUAUUAUUUAAAUAACUACCCUCGCAAAAAAUAUGUUAUGUUUGUUUAAGACACAACAACAACAAAAAAUUAAAACUUUCGGUUGAAUGGAUCUAAAUAAAAAAUUGUUUUUUUUCUAAAUUUUGACAAUAAUAAUAAACAUAAAAUUAGUAAAGUUGUCCUAAGUAGUUCAUUUUAUUAAAAACAAAAUUAUUUGGAAACUGUUUUUAAAAAUGAUAGUAAUUUUUUUAAAUUAUGCCAAAUUGUUAGAAUAUAAGUUAUUUUAGUUUAUUGUGUAUUAUUAUUAAUUUAAUAAUGGAAUUUAUUUUUUUCUUCUUAAAUUUAAAUGUGACAUUUUCUUUUUGUUUUGUUCCUUGCCAAGAGUUUAUGUUUUUUUUAAAUAUUUGUGCUGAUAGCAAGAUAUUAUUUUAUGUUAAAUGAGAAAAAAUAUAUAUUUUGCAUAUUUAUUAUUUAAAUAUAAAAAUGCAUAAGCAAAACAAAACUAUA